AUGGAACUCUUCUCCGGCGACCGUCCAAUAACCAACCCCGACCACUUUCCCGAACACAUAGCUCCGUUCCCCGUGGCCGCCGAUCUUAUCUACGACGAGCAAGCGGCCGUGAUUCGCUCGCCGGAGAUCGAGCACCGACAACAGUUGCCGCCGCAGAAGCUCCGUCCUAUCAGAUGCAACGGCAAGGCGCCGGCGGAGCAGCACUCCGAUCCUCAAUCGUGUGAGCUGAUUCCGGAGAUUGAGGACAUCUCCGGGAACCUACUGAGCGUCGCGUCCCCUGAAGUAGGGUUUCUGUCACAGAGGAUGUGUUUGCUCAAUGGAGCAUCGAAGGAGUUCUCUGAUUCUGCGGUGAAAGUUGAUGUCGGCGAGUUAGAAGAGAAUAGCGGUGGUAUUUUCGGAAACGGCUACUUUGAGGCGAAGGCUAUGGCGGCAUUGCCUAAUAUUACGAAUCCAAACCCGGAUGACACUGAAUCUAGCUCAUCUUCAGAUGAUGGUGGGGAUUCAUCAGAGGGGAUCACACUACCAGGGAAACGUAAGAGGAAGAGAAGAACAAGAAAAAAGCUUGAGUUUUUCCUGGAAAGUUUGGCUAGGAAAGUAAUCAAGAAUCAAGAGCAAAUGCAUAUGCAGUUAAUAGAGUUGCUAGAAAAGAGGGAGAGGGAUAGAAUAGUUAGAGAAGAAGCUUGGAAGCAGCAGGAGAUGGACAGGGCAAAGAGGUAUGAGGAGGUAAGAGCGCAAGAGACAUCUCGUAGCUUAGCUCUCAUUUCUUUCAUCCAGAAUGUGUUGGGUCAUGAAAUUCAUUGCCCCCAGUCAUUAGAAAACUCAAGCCUGGAAGAGGAAAUUCAGAACCAAGAAAUUCAAAAUCAGAGGGAUUUAAGGUAUGAUCCAAGUAAUAAGAGAUGGCCAAAAUCUGAAGUGCAAGCCCUCAUCACACUCCGAACCACAUUGGAUCACAAGUUUCGCAAUAUGGGUGCAAAAGGUUCUAUAUGGGAAGAGAUAUCUGCUGGAAUGUCCAGUAUGGGCUAUACCCGGACAGCAAAGAAGUGUAAAGAGAAAUGGGAGAACAUCAACAAGUACUACAGAAGAUCAACAGGCAGUGGAAAGAAGCUUCCUUACUUUAAUGAAUUGGACGUUCUCUACAAAAAUGGACUCAUCAAUCCAGGAAAUCCCUCUAACAACACAACCAUUGAUCCAUGUAAUAGUACAAAAACCGAGUACGAGGACUAUGAGGAAGAAGAUACUACAAAGGAGUAAAUGGUAAAAAACUUCACUCUGCGGUGUCUUAACUUUUGCCCUAGUAUCAGUUAGCUUUCUGCAUAAACAUUGAGUGACAGAUGAAUUUUGUAUGAAAACUUCACUCUGCGGUGUCUUAACUUUUGCCCUAGUAUCAGUCUGUAUAAACAUUGAGAGACAGAUGAAUUUUGUAUGAUUUUCCCCAUGACUUUAGUACCUUUUCAGUCUAUUUGGUUUGAACCCUUUUCCAGGUACCUCUUAAAAGAAAUGCAGGAGUUAGUAUUCCAUUCCUUUAUC